AUGGAAAUCCAGAACCUCACGUGGGUGUCAGAGUUCAUUCUCUUAGGGUUCUCACAUACUCAGGAGCUGCAAAAAUUCCUGUUCGUGGUGUUCUUAUUGGUCUAUGUCACCACUGUCAUGGGAAACCUCCUCAUCAUCUUCACAGUGACCUUGGACCCUAGACUCCACAUGCCCAUGUAUUUCCUGCUCCGAAAUUUAGCUGUCAUAGAUCUUUGCUAUUCCACGGUCACCUGUCCAAAGAUGCUGGUGGACUUGCUCUCUGAGCAGAAGACCAUCUCCUACCAGGGAUGCAUGGCCCAGAUUUUCUUCUUCCACCUCCUAGGAGGUGGGACUGUCUUCUUCCUCUCAGUGAUGGCUUAUGAUCGCUACAUAGCCAUCUCCCGGCCCCUCCACUAUGUCACCGUCAUGAACACUCGGCUGUGUGUGGCACUGGUGGUGGCGGCCUGGGUAGGGGGCUUUGUCCACUCCAUUGUGCAGGUAUCUCUGAUGAUUCCCCUGCCCUUCUGUGGCCCCAACAUCCUGGACAACUUCUACUGUGAUGUCCCCCAAGUGCUGAGACUUGCCUGCACAGACACUUCCCUCCUGGAAUUCCUCAUGAUCUCCAACAGUGGCAUGCUGGUCCUCAUCUGGUUCCUCAUCCUUCUGGUGUCCUAUGCCAUCAUCCUGGUAAUGCUGAGGUCCCACUCAGGGCAAGCAAGGAGGAAAGUUGCUUCCACCUGCACCACCCACAUCAUUGUGGUGUCCAUGAUCUUCAUCCCCUGCAUCUAUAUCUACUCGCGCCCCUUCACCCCAUUCCCCAUGGACAAGGCUGUGUCUAUCAGCUAUACGGUUUUGACUCCUAUGCUCAACCCCAUGAUCUAUACUCUAAGGAACCAGGAGAUGCAGACAGCCAUGAAGAGAUUGGGCAAACACCUCGUAACUGGCAGCUCAAUAUAG